AUGUCCACUUCUAGCAGCACUGCAUCUUCAAACCAAAGUAGAGUCACAAAAACCUACACCGCUGCCGGCAACUUUGUCCGGCUGCUCCCCACCGGAACCGUCUUCAUUUAUCAGUUCCUCAACCCCUUGUUAACCAACAACGGCAAGUGUCACAUUGUUAACAAGUACUUAUCUUCCAUACUCAUAUCCCUUUGUGGGCUUUCGUGUAUUUUAACUACGUUCACCGACAGUUAUACCGACAGCCAAGGGAAAACACACUAUGGUAUUGUAACAAGAAAGGGCAUGUGGGUUCCUACUGAUAAUGCAGGCUCACAAGAUCUGUCAUCUUAUAGGCUUCAAUUAGGCGACUUUAUUCAUGCUUUGUUUGCAAUUUUUGUUUUUGCUGUUGUGGUUUUAUUAGACCCCAAUUCAAUGGACUGCUUUUUUCCUGCAUCAUUUAGGUCUACACAGAAGACUUUGCUUACAGUAUUGCCUGUAGCAAUUGGGGCAGUUUCUGGUUCUGUUUUUGUGGCUUUCCCUUGCGACCGACAUGGAUUAGGGUAUCCUAACAAAAGCCCGGCUUCAAGUUCUACCCCGGCUUCUUCAGCACAAUCCUAG